AUGCAGGAAAAUCCACAGCUGCACCAAAAUGUAGUUCACAAAUUACAGAAAAUGCUCCAUCAGUUUAAUCCUUUUGUAAUUAGGUUCAAGCAACUUUCAAUACUUCCAAAUAUCAGUGAAUGUAGCCUCAUACUUAAAGAGCGUCCACGUAAUCACCAUCAAUACAAUCUUCCAAUUGUUGAACAAGUUGCGGCAAUUAUUGUUGGAUGUGAUGCAGAUUCUAUGGAUUAUGGAAGGGAUAUUAAUGUCAUUCGUUGUGAUGGAAAUCUCAAGAAAGUUCAAGAGACAAAAGGAUAUUAUGAUCCUUUGCAAUACCCUGUAUUGUUUCCAUUUGGGACGCAUGACAAUUAUGUCAAAAUUGAAUCAGGGAGAUUAAGGUGGAUUAAAGAGCACCAAAGUGAUAUACGUUCUGAAUUGUACCAAGGUUUACAUGAUGCUUUGCAUGUUGGUGAAACUAAUGCAGAGAACAUUGGAAAAAGAACAAUAUUGCCAUCAUCAUUUAUUGGCAGUCGUCGAGACAUGACACAACGUUAUGAAAAUGGCAUGGCUAUUGUUCUUAAUGGCGAUUUGCUAACAAGAAUAUUUCGUUCGAAAUUUGAGAAAUUGAAGGAUGAUGUUAUUAAUAAAGGAGUCUUGGGUAAACUUAAAAGCUACAUGUAUGUCACUGAAUUUCAAAAGCGAGGACUGCCGCAUGUGCAUAUGUUAUUGGUCUUAGAAAGUAACGAUAAGUUGCGUGACCCAAAAGAUUAUGAUAGUAUUUUCUUGGAUGAAACACGUCAAGGCACUGACUCAUAUCCCGAGUAUAGGAGAAGGUUUGAUGAGUUUGUAUCGUUAGGUAUAGAUAGGUCUGUCGAUAAUAUAUGGGUGGUUCCUUAUAACCCUUGGUUACUAUUAAAGUAUGACUGUCACAUCAAUGUAGAGAUUUGCAGUAGCAUUAAAAGUAUCAAGUAUCUAUACAAAUAUGUGUACAAGGGCCCUGAUCGUGUGGCUAUGGAGGUUCAUAAAGGAUCAUACAUGGAUGAAGUUCAGCAAUAUGUUGAUGCAAGAUGGAUUUGUGCUCCCGAGGCAUUAUGGAAAAUGUUUCGAUUCACUCUUUAUCGAUUAUAUCCUUCGGUUGAAAGAUUGCAGAUCCACUUGCCGAACCGCCAUCAAGUGCGCUUUUAUGAUCAUCAGCAAAUUGCAGAUGUGUUAAAUAAUGAACGCAACUCCAAAACAAUGCUCACACAAUUCUUUGCAUUGAAUCUACAAGAUCCACAAGCAAGAAAGUAUCUGUAUAGAGAGAUUCCAGAGCAUUAUUGUUGGAACAAGUGGGAUAUGGAAUGGCAUCGUAGGCGAUCAACAAGAAAAGUUAUCGGGAGAAUCUAUACGGUAUCACCUUCGGAGGGAGAUAAGUUUUACUUGCAACUGUUGUUAUCGCAUGUCAUAGGUCCAACCAGUUGGGAAUAUCUUCUUACAAAUAAUGGCAUGACUUUCAGUACAUUCAAAAAAUCAGCCGAGGAUAGGGGAUUUCUAGAGACUGAUCAUAGUAUUCGUGAUUGUUUGGUUGAGACUACGAGUAUCCGAAUGCCAUAUGCUUUACGAAGGUUAUUCGUGACGAUUUUAAUAUUUUGUGAACCUACUGAUGUUAGAGGCCUUUGGAAUGAGUUUUUUACACAUAUGGUAGAGGAUUAUCAAACAGCUAACAAUGUUGUGGAAUCAAACUUAACUAAUAUGUUGUUGAAGGACUUGAAUGAACUCUUAAACCUGCACGGUAAAAAGAUUGAUGAUUAUGAUCUCCCAUCUUUACCCCCUAAUACAAUAGACAGAGGUGAAGUUCCAAGUAUCAUACAAGAGGAGUUAGCGAUUGAUAUCCCCAAUGAAGAUAUUGAAUCUAUUGCUAAGUUAAAUAAUGAUCAAAUGAUUGCAUUCAACACCAUUAUGAAUGUAAUUGUUCAAAAACACAGUGGGGUAUUUUUUGUUGAUGGUCCGGGAGGAACAAGUAAAACAUUCCUUUAUAGAACAUUAAUGGCAAGUUUAAGAAGUAAAGGAGAAAUUGUCUUAGCAACUGCAUCAUCUGGUAUAGCUGCAACAUUGUUACCCGAUGGUAGGACUGCACACUCUCGAUUUAAGAUACCUAUUGAUAUUCAACCGAGUUCCAUUUGUGGUAUUGAAAAGCAAAAGGAUCUUGCAAAUCUCAUUAGAGUUGCUGCCGCAAUAAUUUGGGAUGAAGCACCAAUGACAAACAAAAAUUAUUUGGAAGCCUUAGAUCGAUCAUUACAAGACAUUUGUAGCAACAGUGCUCCAUUUGGUGGAAAAGUUCUGAUCAUGGGGGGGGAUUUUCGUCAAGUUCUUCCUGUUCUAAGAAAAGGUACUAAGGCACAAAUGAUUUCAGCGUGUAUUGUUCAGUCUCAUUUAUGGAAUCAUACCAAGAUUUUGCAUUUGCGUCAAAAUAUGCGAUCAUUGCAUGAUCAAGAGUUUGCAGAAUUUCUUAUUCGCAUUGGUGAUGGUGUCGAACCUACCAAACCAGAUGACAUGGUGAGGUUACCUUUACAUAUUGCAAUCCCAUGGGAAGGUGAACAUUCCAUACAAGUACUUAUCCAACAUAUUUUUCCUGAUCUAGAAUUGCAUGGUUGGGAUGCCCCAUAUAUGGUACAAAGAGCUAUUUUGACACCAACAAAUGAUGAUGUCCAGAAAUUGAAUGAUAUGAUUAUCGAUCAGUUUCCAGGAGAAGAACAUAAUUUGUUAUCGUUUGACGAGGUUGAAGGAGAUAAUCAUAAUUUAUACCAGCAAGAAUUCUUAAACUCAAUUGCACAAGGUAGUUUGCCACCUCAUAUUCUAAAGAUAAAAAAGGGUGCACCAUUGAUGUUGUUACGAAAUCUAGAUCCUAGAUAUGGAUUGUGUAAUGGGACCCGGUUAUUAUGUCGUGGUUUAUUUAUGAAUAUGUUGGAUGUGGAAAUCCUGACAGGAAGCAAUGCAGGAAAACGUGCUUUUUUUAGAAAGCAGUUUCCUGUGCGACUAAGUUUUGCAAUUACAAUAAAUAAAUCACAACGACAAACCAUUCCAAAUGUUGGAAUAUAUCUUCCACGACAUGUUUUUAGUCAUGGACAGUUAUAUGUGGCUUUAUCCAGGGGUGUUUCACAGACUACAACAAGAGUUUUAACCAGGGAAGGAAAAUUGAAAGGAGAAGAUGCCAAACUAGAACACGAUGAAAUCUUCCAAUUAUGUAGGGAGUUGAGACGAAAGAAUGUUGAAACUUGCUUCGACAUGAAAAUAACAGACUUUGAAGAUAAAUGGAACACGUGGAAGGAUGAACAAAGUAUUUCAUCCAUCGGCAAACUCGACAAUAAGUUUUUUAAAUCUCAAGAGCGCAUUGAUAAAGGGAUGUACGAAGAAUUGAUUCGAAUCUUUAUAAGGGAAAAAGAAAAUACUUCGAAUAGAGAUUUCAUGUUCGGCAUUCCUCUUAAAGAACGUCAUUGA